AUGAAGGCUUUCACGGCAGUUUUGUUUUGCGUGGGCGCACUCUCCAUCGCAUCAUCAGCACCAGUCAACCGGGAUUCCUCGCCACAAAACUCGGAGUAUCAAUACGAAUACGAUAACUCAGUGCCCCAAGCAGGCCAAGCGCAAGAACCAGCGGAGUCUGCAAGCCAUUACGAUGCUUACAUCUCAGAUGUUCAAGCCGCAGCCGUGGGUGACGGUAAGAAAGGCUACAGCCGAGGCAGCGGAUUGAGGACAAUCGCAGUAGGUUCAGCAAAUCAAGCAAAAACAGCGCUUGGUAACCAAGCCGCUGCCGCUUAUCAAGCUGCUUACGUAGCGAAGAAUACGCUGGCCCAGUCUGCGGCGCAAGCUAGUGCAACAGCACAAGCGGCGCUGGCCGGGAAACAGGUUAUCCUGUCAGGAUUGGAGCAGCAAGUGAGGGAUGCAAAGGUCGCGCUUCAGGGUGAAGAAAUGCAGCUGCAACAAGCCAGGAGGGCUGCUCAAUCAGCUGCCCAGGCGGCUCAGCAGGCUAUGCAUCAGGUGAACGUCAUCCAAGCAGCUCUUAACGCCGCGCAGGCGACAUCAGAAAACGCGAAUGAAGCCGCCUCACAAGCAGCCGGUGAGCUUGGUGCCCAAACUGCUAUGGUUGGGGCGGCGCGACAGCGCUUGCAAACUCUGCAGGAACAGCUCCAUGGCGUCAGGAUCGACUUUGAAGCCACUCAAGGAGCCGCUAGGAAAGCCCAGGCUGCAGCACAACAGGCGCAAGCUAACGCAGCAGAAGCGGCGGCGAAGGCUGCAGCGGCUGGUCUCUCCUCCGGCCAGCACCACGAUGCCUCCCACGAAGGUACGAGCUACGAAGAGUACAAGGCUGCCCCAGAGCAAUCCAGCCAAGAUUAUUACGUUCAGUCGGACUACCAACGCUAG